AUGAGCCGCAGCCCGGAGAGGAUCUCGUCCUAUCGCCGUCACUUUGAGGACAGCAGCGUGUCCCAUCAGGUCAGGGUUUCCAGCCCAUCCCCCAACAGGAGAGAGGCCCGUCGUGCCUCCGUGGGCUACUCCUGCAGAGCUGGGGCUGGCAGCAUGCGUGUGGAGUCAGUGGGAAGAAGGACCGUCUCGGCUGCACGCAGGACUCGCAUGGCUGGGGCAGGUGCAGGAGCCAUGGUGUGUGUUGGGCCUGGUGGAGAGCCUGCCAUAGACCUGGAUGUGGCUGCAGCUGAGAACCAGGAAUUCCUCAGCACCCGCAACAGUGAAAGACAGGAGAUGAUUGUCCUCAAUGACCGACUGGCUGUCUACAUCGAUAAAGUUCGAACGCUUGAGCAGCAGAACAAGCUCCUGGAAGCAGAGAUCGAGGCCUACCAGAACCGCUUUGAGAAGCCGUCAGGUCUGCGCCUCCUGUAUGAGGAACAGCUGAGGGAGCUGAAAAAGAUCGCUGACCAGAUGAGAGUUCAGCGGGACAUUUCCUUGGCGGCUAAGGAGUCCACAGCUGCUCAACUAGAGGCGAUCAAAAUCAAAUAUGAGGAAGCACUGGAGCUGAGGAAGAAAGCUGAGUUAGACAUCGAAGCCUUCCGUCCAGAUGUUGACAAAGCCACCUCCUCACGCAUUGCCCUGGAGAAGAAGCUGGAGCAACUGGAAGUUGAAAUUGAAUUCCUGAAACGGGUCCAUCAACAGGAAAUCGAUGAGCUCAUGAAACAGAUCUAUGCAGCUCACGCCGCCGCUCAGAGUGCGUUCUCCCUGCCUGACCUCGCAGCUGCGAUGAAACAAAUCCAAACCCAGUAUGACGACAUCGCAGCCAAAAAUCUCCAGGAGAUGGAUUCAUGGUAUAAAAACAAGUUUGAAGAUCUAACCAAGAAGACGUCAAGGCAUGUGGAUAAGGUUCGAAGCAUUAGAGAAGAAAUAGCAGGUGCCAAAAAGGAGAUCCAAAGCAAAGAACGCGACUUGGAUUCCCUUAGAACCAGGAACGAAGCUCUUGAGGCCCAGAUCCGAGAGAUGCAAGCAAAGUACAGGAAGGAACUGGAGGCCCUGCAGGCUCGGAUUGAGGCUCUGCAACUCGAGCUGAAAUCCACUAAGGAGAAAAUUGCGCUGCACCUGCGCGAGUACCAGGACCUCCUGAAUGUCAAGAUGGCUCUGGAGAUUGAGAUCACAACUUACAGAAAACUGAUUGAAGGAGAGGACCUGCGGCUGGCUGGCAUGGUGCAAACCCUGUCUCUUACCGCCGGCUGCAUGGGCGCCAUUGGUGGUGGCAUGAGCUUCGGUGCAGGAGGCAUGGGCGGUGCAGGAGGAAUGAGUGGGGUUGGUACUGGUGCUGGUGGACUGGGUGCUGGAAGCAUUGGUGGUGGUGCUGGUACUGGUGCUGCGGGGUUGGGUACCGGACCUGGGGGUGUGGGUUUGGGUGCUGGGGGAAAGGGUGACAGCAGCAUGGGUGGUGCUGGAAUGGGUGCAGGUAGUGGCUCUACAGGUUCAGCUGGCAUGGGCAACGGCGGUGGAGGAAAUGGUGGUGUAGGCGAGGGCAGGGGUGAUGGAGCUGGUGGAGGAAUAGGUGGGGAUGGAGGCAAAGACCGUGGAGUGGGUGGUGGAAUCGGAGGCAGUGGAGGAGCUGAGGGUGUGGGUGGGGAUGUUGCACUGUCAGGCUCUGGUGGGAAGGGGAAGGCUGGUGGAGAAUCAGAUGGAUAUGACGACAACAUCGACGCCUACUCUGGGCAGGCUGUGGAGCUGACGGAGAGAAGGACGGUGCUUAUUAGAACAGUUAAGAACGAGGGUGACGUGCUGGAGACGGACCACCAGGAACAAACCUACACCAUCACUGGUGCGGCCGACGACUCUGACGAGGAAUGA